ACCGUAUAAUGGCGGUCGAUCAACAGUGAUUAUGACAAGUGAGAUUCUUGUAAAUUACGUACUGAAAGUAAUUAUAUUGACUUUAAAUAACUUUACAGUGAACUUUAGGUAUGUCAGUCAAAUUAUUCAAUCUAUUUGUUAAUACAUUGAGACAGAACGUGCCGAAAUACCCAAAAUCAGGUAUCCAUCUGAGAUUUCUUUCUGUGAUGGAGGUGCCAAAAGCAAGUGAAGUGAAAACAGAGUCCCAAGAGCAGACACAGAAGAUAGACACAGAAGAAAACAAUAUUAUACACAGUAAAAACGUAACACGUUACAAAGGAAGAUACAUGAAGCGACAGUGGGAGGACAACAGUCCUAGACCGGACGAGGGUGAAUCGUCUGGAAAGAAAAAAUGUGGAAGAACAGUUGAACGGAUUAAAAAGAAAAAAGUGGCCAUGCUUUUAGGAUACUGUGGUGUAGACUAUUAUGGCAUGCAAAGGAAUCCAGGAGUGAGGACUAUAGAAGAAGACCUGUUGAAAGCUCUGAGGUCCGCCAAAUAUAUCAAUGAGGAGGAGUUUGCCAACCAACAGAGCAUGCAGUUUCAACGGAGCUCUCGCACAGACAAAGGGGUUUCAGCGGCAAGACAAGUAGUGUCAUUGAAAUUACCUCUAGAGUUAAAAAAGGAAGAAAUAAACAAAUUUUUGCCUGAUUGUAUCAGGGUUUUUGGAAUACAGAGAGUUACAAACAGAUUUAACUCUAAGAUAAGUUGCAACGCACGGACAUACAGUUACGUUGUUCCAACAUACGUAUUUGAACCGUUGCUGGUUACACCAGAGGAACGCAGGAGGUAUAGAAUUUCACCAUCAAAGUUGGAGCAAAUUGAAAAAGUUCUGAGUAUCUAUAAAGGGACAAAACCGUACCACAAUUUUACUGAAAAGAAACAUUUUGAAGAUCCAUCAGCAUCAAGAUAUAUGCUAGGUUUUAAUGUGGAUAAAGUUUUUGUUGAUUCGGACAUGGAAUUUGCUGUUCUGUUAGUAAAAGGCCAAAGCUUCAUGCUUCAUCAAAUAAGGAAGAUGGUUGGACUGACCAUAGCACUGGUGCGUCACCACGCUGACAGUGCGCUGUCGGAGGCAGCGUUUGAGAAGGACAAAAUUAUAAUCCCCACUGCUCCAGGACUUGGCUUAGUUUUGGAUAAGGUUCACUAUGAUAGGUACGACGCCCGAUACCGUACCACUCACGCCAACCUACGAUGGGAAGAUGAAGAAGAGGAAGUGCAGAAGUUCAUUCACGAGUACAUUUACCCUGUCAUAGUCAAGGGGGAAGUUGAAGACAACUCCAUGGGCGAAUGGCUGGAUAUGAAACUUAGUAAUCAUUCUUACGAGCCCUCGGAGGAGGAUCCCCUUGCGAAUGAGAUAGGGGAGGAGGAAGCAGGUGCUGAUGAUGCCACCUCGGACGAGGACGCCGCGGACGACGAGAACAACGACAAGGUGGAGAAUUCAAAAAAGUUUAGGCAAGAUUUAUAGUUAAUCACACUCCGUACGAGCCAACUGACCAUCUUAGACCGGCAAUUUUAUACCCGCUCUAAAAUAUAUAAGUUCAGUCAGCCAAAGACAGAACCUGUCAACUGGUUUCGGAUGUAAAUUAUAAAACCCAACACGCACAGUGAUACCAGUGGUACAUACAAUACGAACUUACAAAGUUAUUACUUAUUAACAGUGACUUUUACUUGAUGUAAUAAUUACAAUACAAAUAUAAAAACAAUCCCAUUGAUGUUUGCAACCCCUUUUGCUUAACCAAUGUUACAUUAUAUUGUGUAUUUUCAAUAGAUCUACGUUUAAUUCAAUCAGUUGAACAUGUUGGAAAAGUUUCUUCCAAAAUUAAUAUGAGAAAAGUCCAUAAUAUUGAACUGAUUGUUUUAAAACUUAAAUUCAACGGUUUUAUGUAUAAUUAAUCUAGAAGUGAGCUAGGGUAUAAAUAUCUUCGUGAUCAAAAUAUUGCCUAAAUUGUAAUAUUAGAAUAAUUGCUGUGUAGAAAUGAAUUUAUCAAUCUAUACUAAAUGUAAGGAAAAGAAAAGGUAAAAAAUACUUGUAAGUAUUUAUAAGACAUGUAUUCACUUUCAAUAAAUGUAACAAUUCAUUUAAUCUUAAACAUAAUAAUAUAUUUCUUGGCAAAGCCAAUUUAAACAUCACUUCAAAGUUUUAUUUACAUCCUAGAUGUACAAUAUAUUCAUUAUAAAUUGGAUAUUAUACAUGAUAAAUUUCUGCUCUUCUGGAAAUUCUAAAAGUAUCCAAAAGGGACACUUAUUAUGACAUAAAGAUCCAGUCUUAUAAUAACAAAAAGCUCGGUGAAGUGGGUACAUAGACAUAGUUCAUUAUGUGAUUGAUGUACCUCAGUUGUGUUGUGCUAAAGUUGUUGUUGCAAUGGUAUGCAUAUUAUGUAUAUUAUACAUUUCAUUGUUUAAAGUCAAACAAUAAGUCUGUAUUAGCUGAACUCAUUGAUGUAUAAUUAUGUUACAUUAAAAGUUGUACU